AUGCAGUCCAUACUGCAUGCGACUCUACUCGGUCUGGCUGCGAGUUCGGUGCUUGCGGACCCUACCGUAACCAUCGGGAGGAGCAACGUGAGGUACAAGGGCACCACAGCAGGUUCUGUUGAACACUUUCUAAACAUCAAGUUCGCCCAUGACACGUCCGCUCAGCGGCGCUUCGCCCCUCCGGAGCCAUACACACCUCCCCCGGGAACUGAGGUCGACGCGACUGCACCCGGACCGGCAUGUCCUCAGUCCAAGCCUGGCAUCCCCCCCUUCUUUGUCGACACGCCCAACAUCAGCGAGGACUGUCUCAACCUGCGCAUCUCCCGGCCAGCCGGCACCACAGCAGAUGACAAAUUGCCCGUUGUGGUCCACCUCCACGGCGGCGGCGUCGUCAAAGGGUCUGCCUACGACCCCCAUUUCGACCCGGACAACCUGAUCACGCUGUCCACGGCACUCAACAAACCCAUCAUCUAUGUCGCCCUGAACUACCGCCUUACUAUCUUUGGAUUUGCCCGGUUGCCCAUCCUCAAAGAACAUAAGUCCAUGAACGUCGGUAUGCGGGAUCAGAGAGCCGGCUUCCAGUGGGUCAAGGACAAUAUCGCGGCCUUUGGCGGCGACCCGGAGAGGAUCACCGUCUUUGGACUCAGCGCUGGGGGCACCUUCACCUCGCUCCACCUCAUCUCGUAUGGCGGCGAAGAGGGUGUCCCGUUUACCCAGGGCUGGGCCAUGUCCGGCCCGCCGGCAACGGCUCUUAACAUGACCAGCGACGUAACCGAGCUGCACACCCGCGCGGUGGCAGAGAAGAUGGGGUGCUCCAGGGACAGCGACCUGGAGACACUUGAGUGCUUGAGAGCCGUCCCAUUCGAGGAGCUGACUGAAAAAGCCAUGGAAUAUUCGGUCAGCAACCAUCCUCCCGCCGGACUCUUUACCUUCAUUCCCUCUGUAGAUGGGGAUCUCAUCCCCGAACGCCAGUCCGUCCUUUACAGGGCUGGGAAAAUGGUCAAGGGAAUCCCGUUCGUCUUCGGCUGGGCACAAGACGACGGCGCUCUGAAUGCCGGUCCCCCGCAUCUCUACGAGACCGAAGAGAGCAUGAAGACACCCAUCCAAGGGUUUGCGCACGCCCUCACAGACGACGACUACAGCCGGCUCUUCUCUCUCUAUCCCGCCGCCGACUUUGCGCAGGACGCCGCCAACUAUGAAGCCCGCAAGCGCGAGGAGGACCCAGCCGCGCCGGUGCACUGGUUCCGCGUCUCGCGGAUCCUGCGGGACAUGCUGUUUACGUGCUCUAGCAUCGACUUUGGCGCGGCAAUAACCAGGCAGAGCCGGGCUUUGGAUCGGGGCUUCGCCGGCGUGCGUCUGUAUACGCUUAACCAGAGCAUGCUGACCCCCAUGUUCCAUGGCCCCGCGGGAAUGCCCUACGUCGGCACCUGCCACGGAAGCGACACGAAUUACAUCUUCAACGGUGUGUUCCCCGAGGGAGAGGUGUCUGAGGCGGAUGCGAAGCUGGCCAGGGCAAUGGCGGGGAGCUUCAUUCGGUUUGCGUACACCGGGAAUCCCGAGGCGAGGGAUGAUGCGGACGGUCUCGGCGCAUGGCCGGAAGCCUUCACUGAGCCGGUCGACGAGAGCGUCAGUCUGCGGGUGAUUGGGGGUCCGCUGGGGACAGGGAGCUGCCAGUUGAAGGACGAUGAUGGAGCGAGAAGCAGUGAAGGGUUGGAGGAGAUGCAGAUGCCGAUUGGGGACGGCGGUGUGGAAUUCGGCGAGAUGGAGAGCAAGGCGGCUGAGGAGCGGAAGCGGGAGCUCGAGAGGGAGAAGGUGCUUCAGCGGUGCAAGUUCAUCAACUCGCUGUCUGACAAGCUUGGCAAUUAA